GUGUUAUUGUAACUGAUACAGUGUUGUCGGUAACUACCGGUGAACCAAUCCUGGAAAAUCCUGUUACGUUGUCUCUUGCUGUGACAACAGGUAAUGCAGGUGCAGCUGUCAGUGGGUCGGAUCUCUGGUUAUUAACUGUAUUUACAAAUGAUGCAGCAGAUGGCCAAGGAGUAAUUUUAUUUGAAAAAGAACUUCCUGGUACUACAGAUGCCGGUUGGACCGAUGUCGACUUCGACCCAGCAGGGAAUACUUUUAUGUUGAAUGGUAUCUCUGUAACCUUUGACCUAACAAACAUAAUUUGCUUCACUAUUCCAUACAUCUGCUUGAAUUUGUCGAAAGCUGAUAGUUCAUCCACAGACUUUACUCUUGAUAGUAAUCCAGUGACUGCUCUCUCAGAUUGUGUAGAAAUUGACUGCCGAGAUAUUUAUAUAUUCCCUGCGUCUUUGACAUUCAAUCGUGACUUUCAUGAAGAUCUUAAUGAUCCAUCAUCGACAGCUUUCAAAAAUCAGUCAUCUGAUAUUACUGAUUUUUUCAGCAGCAGUCUGUCAUUAAAUGAUGAGAUAAUAAUACAAAUACGUAGCUUCUCUCCUGGUAGUAUAAUUGCUUAUGUCAAUUUCAACGUGCUAAACACAAACAUUUCUUACGAUGACUUUUUGGAAAUUCUAACCCAAGAAGUAAUCAGAAUCGCGGAAAACUCUGAUGGAUAUUUGUUUCCUGAUAGCAUCGUGAUAAGCAGCACAG